AUGAAUCGAAGCAAACAAAAUAUUCCGAUCAUUAAUCGAAAAUUUCCUUCUAUUUUGACUAUUAAUCUUGCUUCUUCUCGUCGAAUUUUAUCAUGGAUUACUCUAAUUGCUACUAUUUUACUUGCUAUAUCUACACUUAUUAUAAAAUGGGCUAUUUUAAAACCAAUUCAUGAAGAAAUUAUUUAUAAAUUUAAGAAUAAACAACCAGUUUUUUUCAAACGACAUUCAAUUUGUCGAAUCAUUGAUUUGAGUUCUGAAUUUAAUAUCUUCACUUUUCCUCUUUCUUGUUUCAUUAUUUUACUUUUCGCUAUAAUAACAAAGAGUGUUUCAUUUCAAGGAAGUAAAUAUUGUAAAGGUUAUAUUGGUAUUCCAAUACCAUUAGAUUUUUUCGCUCAUGUUAAACGAACAUUGGCAGCAGUAAUAUUUGCUAUUUUUGCUGAUGAAUUAUUAGAUAUUGCAAAUGAUGUAUUGAAUGGUGGCAAUCCAUCGUCAAAUAAAGGUGUCGCAAUAAUUUAUCUUCUUCAAAUUCUAAGAGUUCUUGUUAUUGGUUUUCGAUGUUAUCCAACUUUAGCAGCUGUCUAUAUUGAUACAUGGUUCACUUUACUUUGUGCUACUAUAUAUGUAUGGUUCGAUUUUAGUAUUACUAUUGUUUAUACUGGUCUAUGUCAUAAUGAUUAUUAUCCAUCGAAUGAUGAUUAUAAUAAAACAAAUAUAAGUAAAACAAUGAUAUAUUUACAAUAUUAUGGUACAGAAUCGAAUUUACUAUUGUUUCAACUCUUAGCGGAUAUUCCUCGUUAUCUAUGUUUAGCUUAUAUUAGUAUUAAAUUACCAAUAUUACUUUUUAAACGAAUUCGACAUAGACAUAUAAGAGAUAGACAAUUAACACGUGAGCAAAAAACACUUUUAUAUUCAUCAUUACCAUAUUCAGUUGAAGCACAAUAUGUUAAAAAGUUAUUUGGAAUAAGUAAUACAAAAAUUUCAACAAAUCGUUUUCCUCAAAUUUUUCAAUUUAUUUAUACAUGGCGAGAUGAUUUUCGUUUUUCAUCUCGUGUUGUUUCUGUUUAUACAUCAGUUUUACUACUACUUUACUUUCUUACUAUUCAGUUUUGUGUACAAGGCCCUCCAUUACUUGGCACAAUUCGUAAAAAUAGUCAAGAACUAGCUAAUCUAUUUUCAAAAUUAAUAAAUUCACCUGAUCCUAACUUACAGCUAAAUGAAAAUCCAUCGUCUGAUUUUCCUUUACCUGAUUUUGUUCGAACAUAUUUGAUUGCUUUUAUUGCUGCAUUAUUUAUAACUUUUAUACAAUUAUUAAUUAUGCUUGCUGGUAUUCGUCGAAAUCUUUUACAAGCAUAUCGUGGUGAUGAUUGUGAAAUUCCACGACGUAUAUCUUCAGAAAAUAUUAAUUAUAUUACUGGAACAUUUCAUUUUGCUGGUUAUUUAAUUGGUUAUGUUAUAGUAGGAUAUAUAUUUCUAGCAAUUUUUCUUUUCAUUAUAUUAAUUUCAAUUGAUGCAUUUAUAAUCUAUGGAAGUGUGAAAACUCUUGAGACUAUUUUGAAAAUUAUUAUUCCUACUUUACUUCUUGUGUUUUUUAAAAUGUAUUUAAAUAAAAUUUUGGGUCAAUAUGUAUUUUUACAACGUGCUGGUGAAGUUUUAUCAAUUAAUAAUCGUCGAGCAUUAAUGAUAUUUCUAUAUUUUAAUUUUUUUCUUGAUGCUUUUUUGGGUUUUGUUGCUGCUAUAAUGCGUAUAUUAAGAAGUAUUGCUAGUGAAAUUUUAUACAUGUGUCGUUUGGAUUAUUCACCAUUAGGUCGAAAAUUGGAAACUAUUGAUGCAGGUUUUAGUGCAUAUUGUGGAUUUAUUUUUGUGGAAUGUACUCAUCGACAUCCUGUUCUACUUUAUUUUGUUAGUCAUCUUCUUCGUGAUCAUCUUUAUGCAACAAAUAAAAAACGAUUAUCGAAAGCAAGACAUAAAUGGUAUGUGGCAGUAUUUUUAUUGAAUAAUCCAAUAUUAAUUUAUCGACGAAAACGUUUUCUGACACAAUUACAAGAGACUGAAUUGAAAAUGAUGUUAAUUGAAACAAAAAAUCUGAACGAACUUUAUAUUGAACAACCACCUAUUUUAGCUCAUCGAGCAAGUAUUAUUUCAGUGAAAGAUUUGGAAGAGUUGUGGGAGCGACGAAAAUUCUAA